AUGGCGGAUUUCAGAGAGGCCAAACGUGACCGGACUGCUCAGCAGCUGAGCACUCCGGCCCCCUCUGCAACCGCGGAUCCCAAGCAGGUUGACCGUGACCAGACGGCUCAUCAACUCGACAUUCCAGCCUCUGCUGCAAACGCCCUUCAUAAACAAGGUGAGCAGUCUAGCGAAAAACGGCAAAGCUCCCAUGAUAAAACACAGGUCCAGGUUCCCAACCCGGCAGAGGCGGAAGCUAUGUGA